AUGAACGGAUUGUCAAGGUGCUUGGGAAGUCAAAUCACACAGCACGCGAAAACACCUUUCCUCAGGAAGUGCAAUACGAUCCCAUUACUACGUCUUUCCGGCAUUCCUCUUCGAAGUUACUCAGACCGGAGCUCAAAAUACAACGGCAACAUGACUACUCAACCUCCCAAGAACGAGAUGGUGUACAUGCCAGGGGUGAUGUCACCGAGUCGAUCGUUUGGGGUAUUCCGUAAGGUCCUUCACACUGGUCUGUAUUCGCAAUUUGUGGCGAUGGAAGUCCCGGUCAACGGCGAAAUUGGUGACGAGAUUCAUACCGUCGAUCAAGUGCUGAUAUUCACCCAUGGCACUGGCAAGGCAAUUGUUGCUGGGAAGGAACAAGAGGUCAAACAGAACGAUGUCGUCAUAGUCCCGGCUGGCACUCAACACCAGUUUUUGAAUAUCGGAAACACGCCACUCGAGGUAGUCACUAUAUACUCCCCGGCUGAACAUGACCCGCGUACAGUACAUCAAACCAAGGCAGAGGGCGAUGCACAGGAAGAGGCUGGCGAGGAUGAAGCACCAGAGUGGAGUCAACGGAGCAAGUCGGAGAACGAGAAGAUUGGGCUGGUCAAGCCGCCAUGA